CAAGGCUCUAUAUAAAAUCAAAGGAGGCUAUCGAAAAGGUACCAUACGAGUUAAAAACGUACUCUCUGUACGCUUAACAUUAUUCCUAGGCCCCUCAUACGAGAUAUAAAGAGAUACGACGAUGCAGCCAAUUAGCAUUGUGGUUCUUGCUGUUGUUUGUUGUUAUAUCGUACCAUGUAUAAUAGCCAAAGAAGACGCUUUACCAUCGACAGAGAGCCGUUCCUCGAUUCUCGAUCAAUCUGUUGGUCAAUUAGAAAAUGAAGAAUAUUCGGGUGCUACAUUGAACAGGCAAAAAAGGACGCUUCUGCUGAAGAAAAAACUUAUCGGUGCAGGACUCUUGGGCUUCGGCUUAGGUGCCGUGAAAGGGUACAAGCUUGGUUAUAAGACGGCUCCAGAAGUUCAUCAUGUUUAUGUAUCGAGCCCUCCAGCAUCCGUAAAAUACGUCGAAUACGUUGACAAACCUGUAUUCGUGGAAAGAAUAAUCGAGAGGCCAACUCCGGUUUUUAAACCGGCACAUGUUGAAUACAGAGAAUCUUCUCCUUAUGGGCCUUGGUAACAUCGAUAAAAGUCAUCGAUCGAUGCAAGAAAUCACGUAAAAUUGGCCAAAAAUAAUAAUCCAAUAGCCGCCAUAGACCAACAAGAAGAAAUUUGUAAAAUACCAGGAAAUUUCUAUCGAAACGUCUUCGUAUUGGUUUAUUUUCAUGUACACACGCACACCUAUGUAUUUAUGCAUACGUUCAAGACUCAUCGUACAAUAGAACAAAGCGAUAUUUUAUAAUAUACUCGACGUUGUAUUCGUGACUAGCGAUCUAAAAUUUAAACAGAUGCGAUAUCAUACUGUUUUAUUGCUUAAAAUGAAUUAUUGCAUCAAGACGAAUACAAAGUAACAUUGUCUCUUUAAUUAUCUUAAAGGGGAAAGAAUAGGAGUACAUAGAAAAAGAGUUUCAUUUUCUUGUAUCAUCGAUUAAAUUUUACUUUCCAUGUGUAUGUUCUGCUCCACGCUUUUCAUUAAUUUAUCGCACCGUUCUUAGCCGCAUCGUUGCGUAGAACGAAUUACGGAUACGUGGUUCAUUUGUCAGAUGAUUGAUUUAAAUGGCUUAAUGUUGAAUAAACGCUCGUAUUUUUACAUCUUAUUAUCGAUCACAAUUCUUUCCAAUAUACAUAUAUACGUGUUAUAAGCUUCGCGAUGCGAAAAAUUCGUUGACAAUUUCCUAAUAAUUUUUCGCUCACGAACGCUUGCAACAUUAUAAAAUGUCCAUCUAUACAUUAUGUGCGCUAUAUACACUUAUUCGUACAUCUAACACACAAAUUAUUGCACGAUCAUAUAAAACACGUUUGCACGUGCUGUUUUAUCGUAAUUAAUUGCGUGUGAGGUCGCGCACGGACGCAAUUUUUAAUUGGCGCGUUUAACGUCGCAUCGUUCGGUUUAUUAAUCUUCUUAUCCUUAAUCUCCAAGUACACAUUACGUUCGAAAAAUUCGCGAAAUUAAUCUUUACGAUAGGUAAUUGCACGAUUGGAAAUCGGAAAGAGGGAUAGAAAGGGGAAAGAGAGAGAGAGAGAGAGUGAGAGAGAGA